UCGUGUUUAUUUCCGUUUUGGAGCGGAAGUAGCUAGCUGGAGUUUGUGGAGGUGACCGAAUGGCAGAUAGCAGAAUUACUCGACAACUCGAGUAAUAUAUCUGUGCAAAGAUCAACAGGAACAUAGAAGUAAUUCUAUUUAUUGUACAAAUCCAGUUGGCGUAAUGGGGGCCCAUCUUGGAAGACGAUAUAUCACCGAGACGGAAACGGAGCCUGACCCGGCCAAGCCGUUUGGAUUCGACCCCGACUUGGGCUUUGACGAAAGGAAAGAGAGAGAGAUGGUGGCGUCCCAGGAGCAGAUGAACCUGGCUCAGCUCCCUGUAGAGCAGAGGGACUACUGCGCCCACCACCUCAUCAAGCUCAUGAAGUGCAAGAGGGACAACUGGCCCAACUUCCUGGCCUGCAAGCACGAGCGGCACGACUGGGACUACUGCGAGCACCAGGACUACGUGAUGCGUAUGAAGGAGUACGAGCGUGAGCGCCGGUUGCAGCUGAGGAAGAAGAGGGUGGAGGCCCAGGCUGCGUGAUGAAGACAUCCUCUCUCCUCCUCCCUCUCUCCUCCUCCCUCUCUCCUCCUCCCUCUCUCCUCCUCCCUCUCUCCUCCUCCCUCUCUCCUCCUCCUCCCUCCCUCUCUCCUCCUCCUCCCUCUCUCCUCCUCCUCCCUCUCUCUCUCCUCCUCUGUGUACAUACCUGCUGUUCGUCACAAUAAACAGACAACCUUCCAACUC